AUGGCUGGUCUUCAUAAGGAAAUAAUCCCAAUUAUAAUCGAUAAUUUGGAGCAGGAAAAUCUUCUCAAAAUUAGCGCCAAAGCGCAAAAAUAUGCAAACUAUAAGUCAAUAAACCUCAUUCAAGAUGGCAAAAAAUUUCUACUAUCAAUUGAUGGAACAUUGAAUAUUAUUUUUCAAGAAUUGGCCUUUUUUAAAACCAAAAUCACAUAUUCGGAAACAUUUGAGGAAACUGAUUCAAUAGAAACUCGAAUCGAAUCGAUUUUUGAAGUUGUUGUUAAAAAGUUAGUCGAGUUUUUGAAACGAAUUGGAAAAAGAUUGGAGAAUUUGACAAUUAAUGUUGUGAGUUGAGGACUAAAAUAAUAUUAAUUCUAGAAAAAACAUUUCAGCAACACAAAAUGCGCUCUAGAAUUAUUCGCCAAAUCCAGCUCAGAAAUUUGAAGAACCUAUCAAAAUUUGAAAUUUCUUGCACAUCAGAACAAAUCGAUAUUUUGAAAUAUAACUUCAUCGAUUUCGAAUCAUUGAAAAAUGUGAGAAAAUCUCUUGAAAUUCCAUAUACAAAUAUAUCAUUCGAUCAGUUGAAGCAAUUAAAAGCCGAAAACAUCACAAUAACUUGGAUGAACGAUAAUUUGAAUAUGGAAAAUCUAGCAGAAUAUAUGGAUUUAUGGCGAAAUGGCGGGUUUCAUGAUAAAUUGGAAAGUUUGGAAAUUCAGAAGCCGAAGAGUUCGAGAAAAUUUCCAAUGGAAUCAGAUUUCAAAGUUAUCAACGAUGCUUCUAAUUUCAAAAGUGUAGAGUCAAAAAUUGACAAGAACAAGUUUAUUGGAAUUUGUGAAGACAGUCAAUCUAUUUGUAUUGAUGUUUGGGACAAUUCAGAAACAUCUGAUAUGGAAUCGGAAAAUUAUGCGGAAACUGUUAAUUAA